UCUUUUCGAGCGCUUUCCAAAUAACUUCCGUUUCCGCCUGACGUUGUUAUGCCGUCGCGCCGGAUAAUGUGUACUGGAGUCAAUAGGAAAUAAUUUGUUUUGAUUUAAUAUUGGUAAAAUUAUUCUAAACUGAGAACACGGGCACCGUUUGCAGAGAAGUUUGGCAAUUUGGGCCCCCACCAUGUCUCUGCCGAGACGGGACGUGGAGGAGCUGAGGCCUUGGGUGGAACGCACCGUGAAGAAGGUGCUGGGGUUCUCUGAGCCCACUGUUGUCACGGCAGCACUGCACUGCCUGGGCAAGGGCCUGGAUAAGAGGAAGACCACAGACCAGCUGCGGCCGUUCCUGGACGAGUCGGCCGGCGGGUUCGUGGAGCGGCUGUUCGAGGCGCUGGAGGAGGGGCGCAGCUCCCGCGGCGGCAAGGGCGACGGCGAGAGGAACCGCAAGAGGGAGCUGAAGGAUGUGUUUGGCGAUGACGCGGACGGCGGGCGGGAGGCGCCGGCCCCGCCCGAGGGCGCGGCGAAGAAGAAGAAGCGCGCGCCGCGGUUUGAGGAGGUGGAGGAGCCCGAGGUGCUGCCGGGACCCCCCGCCGAGAGCCCGGGCAUGCUCACCAAGAUGCAGAUCAAGCAGAUGAUGGAAGCUGCUACGCGGCAGAUCGAGGAGAGGAAGAAGAAGCUCAGCUUCUCGGCUCCGGCCCCUGUCCCUCCGAGGGUGCCUCCCCUCGCUGCCCCCCCGAUGGAGGCCCCGCCCUCUCUCCUCCCCCCCCCCGCCCAGCCGGCCCCCCAGUCCCAGUCCAUCGCCCCCUCGCAGGCCGCCACCUUCAUGAACGACGCCAUCGAGAAGGCCCGCAAGGCCGCCGAGCUCCAGGCCCGGAUCCAGUCCCAGCUGGCCCUCCGGCCCGGCCUCCUGGGGCCCGUGGGGGGCGGGGCCCACAACCUGGUGGCCCUCGCCAACCUGCACGCCAUGGGCAUCGCCCCCCCGAAGGUUGAAGCUCGGGAGGUGACGAAGCCGACCCCCCUGAUCCUGGAUGAACUCGGCCGCACGGUGGACGCCAGCGGCAAGGAGGUGGAGCUCACGCACCGCACGCCCACCCUGAAAGCCAACAUCCGGGCGGCGAGGCGGGAGCAGUUUCGGCAGCAGCUGAGGGAGCGGCCGGGGGAGGACCUGGAGUCCACCUCCUACUUCGACCAGCGCGUCAGCAUCGCGCCGCCGCAGCGCCCCCGCAAGGGCUUCAGGUUCCACGAGCGGGGCCGCUUCGAGAAGAUCGCCCAGCGCAUCCGCACCAAGGCUCAGCUGGAGAGGCUGCAGAUGGAGAUCGCUCAGGCCGCCAAGAAGACGGGGAUCCAGGCCUCCACCAAGCUGGCCCUCAUCGCCCCGAAGAAGGAGCUGGGGGAGGGCGAGGUGCCCGCCGUCGAGUGGUGGGACUCCUACAUCGUGGCCUCCAACGUGAAGCUCACACCAACAUCAACCUUUGAGGAUGUGGACUUCUUUGGAGUGACAAAUCUGGUGGAGCACCCUACACAAAUUAGCCCCCCAGUGGACACUGACAAACCUGUGACACUGGGGGUGUACCUCACCAAGAAGGAGCAGAAGAAACUGAGGCGACAGACGCGCCGAGAAGCCCAAAAAGAACUGCAGGAGAAAGUGCGACUGGGACUCAUGCCGCCUCCCGAACCCAAAGUGCGCAUCUCUAAUCUGAUGCGAGUCUUGGGAACGGAGGCAGUGCAAGACCCCACCAAGGUGGAAGCCCAUGUCAGAGCACAGAUGGCCAAGAGACAGAAGGCCCACGAGGAGGCCAACGCAGCCCGCAAGCUGACCGCCGAGCAGAGGAAAGAGAAGAAGGUGAAGAAGCUGAAGGAGGACCUGAGUCAUGGAGUCCACAUCACAGUCUACAGGAUCAGAAACCUAACGAACCCAGCCAAGAAGUUCAAGGUGGAGGCAAAUGCCAGUCAGCUGUACCUGACAGGGACAGUGGUUCUGCACAGGGACGUCAAUAUCGUGGUGGUGGAAGGAGGUCCUAAAGCCCAGAAAAAAUUUAAGAAACUGAUGCUCAGUAGAAUCAAGUGGGAAGAGCAGACCAACUCCAAAAGAGACGACCACGAAGGUUCUGACAACGACGGCCUGAAGAAGAACAAGUGCACACUGGUGUGGGAGGGCACGGCGAAGGAGCGAAGCUUCGGGGAGAUGAAGUUCAAGCAGUGUCCCACGGAGAACAUGGCGAGGGAGCACUUCAAGAAGCACGGGACCGAGCACUACUGGGACCUGGCCCUCAGCCAGAGCGUGCUGGAGUCCCCUGACGACUGAGGGGCCACUCUUUUUGGCCACCAUUGGUGGGAAAAAAAUGGUUGUGAGGAGGCGUGGCUAAAGGGAGGGUGGGUGAGGUCUUGGAGGCGGGGCUAAAGCAGCCACAGAUGCACAGAGAGCCAGGACCCGAAUACAGAGUCGGUCUGUGCGGCUGGAGGCCGUUUCCGUGUUUGUCCACAGCGCACUAGAAUCUAGGAGCUUUUCUUUUUUCUUUUGCUGUUGAGACUGUGACUGUCCACAUUGUGAGGAGAGUGGUGUGUGUGAGAGAGAGAUGGGUUGUACUUAAUUAUGAAUGUAUGUGUGUGUGUGCGUGCGUGUGAGUGCGCAUCACUGACGAUGUUGGUGUAUGAGUUCCUGUGUCAUUCGGGACGGUUUGGAUUCUGUGUGACUUCUGGCCUCACCUGCCUCAUGUCCUGGCUUGGCUGCAAUGUCUUGCUUAAUCCGUUAAACGCUGUUCCCAGAACAAUACAUCGACAAAAAACGAUCCCUAGUGUUAUUUAGAGCGGUUGUCUCAUGCCACUCUCCUGAAUUUGAACCCAUUUCUGUACAUUACCGGACUAAUGGUAAAAUUGUGUCCGAAGAUCAAAUUUAAAUGCCUCACUUAGAAGAAAUGUUCGUAUUAGAGCUCAUUAUUUUUCAUAUGAAAGGUUAUCCACUACGCACAACUAGAGCUGUAAGUCUUCAUAAGAUGCUCUUCAGUUUAAACGAGCCUAUAAAGGGGACUUAAGGGCUAUCCGAGGUGUUCAUUCCAUACAGGCGCAAAGAUUAAAAGAAGGACAUUUCCAAAUUCCAGUGAGUGCAGAUGGAUGAA